AUCCAAAAAGUUGUCCAAUUUUAACUUCUAUCUCUCCCAAAACCAAAGCAGGGGGAUGUUUGGUUGGAAAAGUCGUGGCAACAGAGUCAAGAGACUGAGAAAAUAAAACCCUAGAAACAGCGAAAUCAACAAGAGGAAGAGGAAGAAGAAGAAAAAAAAGGAGAAGAUAGACGAACCUAGAUCGGAUCGGAUCGGAUCCGACCCACAAACGCACGUCCUCCUGGAGAGGUUUUCAUACAUUCUGCUCCUGAAUCUUCUGAACGAUCACCAAGAGCCUUGCAGGGGGUGACGCUGACGGGGGUAUUGCUUGCAAGAAAUGGAUCCUGGUCGCUAUGGUGUUCAGCAAGGAUGGGAUAAUAACAGCGCUCUGGAGGGUUAUGGUGCGGUAAAUGAGCCAAACUUCCGGGUUGGUGCUUCCUAUGAUGAUAGGAGGUUUUUAGAUGAAAGAUAUUCAAGAGAUGAUGUUUACCCAAGAAAUGCCUUCCAUCGUGACGUUUUGGAUAGGGAGAACUAUCCACCACCACCUCCUGCUAUUGGGCUCUGGCCGCCAUCAAGGAGAAGAAGUUAUGAAGAGGACUACCCACUUGAUAGGGAAUCUAGGCGACAUGAGAAAUCAUACAUUAAUUCAUACCAUGAGAUGGAUACCUUUCGGGAUCAUGAGAUCGAUGCAAUUCAGGAAUUUGAUAAGUUUGGGGAUGGCUAUCGUAGUAUUGAUAACUAUCGUGAUCAUGAAUUGGACAGGCCUGGUAGGUUUGGGGGACGUGAACGUGAACGUGAUGAUUAUGUGUAUGAUGAUUAUGACUAUAGGUCCCGCCUCUCCCAUCAAAACAGGGAGGAUAGCCGUGACAGGGAUUAUAACUAUGGUCGGCAUAGUUAUGAUUCUGAUUAUGAAAGAGGCAGUAGGAGAGAUGGUAAUUGGAGGCGGCGUGAAUCCCGUGAUAAGAGAUGUUUGAGUCGGGAAAGAGAUCCGAGUCCGCAUAAAAGACAUGAACGCUCCCGGUCCCGGGGGCAUGAUGAUCGUCCUAGAUCGAGGUCCCCUCGCAGUCGAAGCCAUGGUCGAAGUCAUCGAGAGGACAGCUACGAUGAUGAUCGGCAUGAGAGGACUGAUAAGCGAAGGGAGCGUGAAGAGAAGCGUCAUCGUGAGCAGUAUGCUGUGGCCCCAUCUGCCACCAUUGUUGUGAAGGGCCUCUCACAGAAGACGACUGAGGAAGAUUUGUACCAGAUCCUUGCUGAAUGGGGACCCCUUCGUCAUGUCCGUGUGAUCAAAGAGCGAAACUCAGGGAUCUCGCGUGGAUUUGCUUUUAUUGAUUUUCCUUCUGUGGGAGCAGCGCGUUCAAUGAUGGACAAGAUUGGUGAUGAUGGUCUUGUUGUGGAUGGAAGGAAGCUUUUUUUUGAGUACAGUAGUAAGCCAACUGGUGGGGCAGGUGGACCGUUUGGUCAAGAGAAUGCUGUGAAAUCAGGUCACUUUAACCAUAAAGGCAUUACAGUACCAUCUGAUUGGAUGUGCAACUCUUGUGGCUGUGUCAAUUUUGCCCGGCGGACAUCUUGCUUCCAGUGUAAUGAGCCGCGCAGUGAUGAUGCUCCCCCAGCUGAUAUUUCUUUAUCAAAUCCAACACCAUUAGGAAAGAAAGGAUUGGAGGCAGGUCCUACUCAUGUUUUGGUUGUUCGUGGAUUGGAUGAAAAUGCUGAUGAGGAAAUGCUUCGUUAUGAAUUUUCAAAACAUGCUCCAAUCAAGGACCUUCGUCUUGUCAGAGACAAAUUUACUCACGUCUCAAGGGGAUUUGCAUUUGUACAUUUUCAUUCGGUGGAGGAUGCGACCAAAGCUCUUGAAGCAACUAAUGGAACAACACUUGAAAAAAAUGGGCAGAUCUUGAGGGUGGCAUAUGCAAAAAGUAUCCUCGGUCCAGGAUCAGGCACAUCUGGCCAGUCAAGUAGCCUUGCUGCUGCUGCAAUUGAGGCAGCAACAUUUGCUCAACAGUAUGAUGCUGUUGGAUGGGCACCAAAAGAAUAUAACCCAGAUGACAAACAAUCAACCAGUGGGAAGGAGCAAACUGGUGGGAAGGUUGCAGUUCAAAAUGAUGGUUCGGCUCCGCAAUCUGGAUUUAUAUGGGAUGAGGCGUCUGGUUAUUACUAUGAUGCUGCUUCUGGGUUCUACUAUGAUGGAAAUACAGGUCUUUAUUAUGAUGGUAACGGUGGGAUCUGGUAUUCAUAUGACCACCAAACUCAGCAGUACAUCCCUUGCACUGAUCAGAAUGACAACAAAACACCUGGUAACCAAUCUGAGCUCCCAAAGGCAUCAGAUGGUUCGAGUAAUAGAAAAGUAGUCAUCUCUGCACCAGCUAUUACUGUAACAUCAGUUGAGAAGGCUGCCUCAUUACCGGAUGCAGUACAAGCUGCAGCAACAGCAGCAAUAGCUGCAGAGAAGAAAGAGAAGGAGAAGUCAAAAGAGAUAAAACUCGCUUCGAAGAGCAGUAUUCUGGCUAAUAAGAAGAAAAUGAAUAAUGUAUUGUCAAUGUGGAAGCAAAGGAGUCAUGAAGGGCAAGCAACUCGUGUGGCUCUUGAUGACAAUCAACCAUCUGGGUCAGCCGAUGAUAGACCUUUUUCUGUUGGACAAUCCACAAAGAGCAAGUUUAAGACUGAUGCAACAUCAACAAAAGAUAAUUUUACGUCCAGCUCAGGAGCUCCCACCACAGCCUCUGCAGCCCAAUCUGUUGGUUCGGAGUCUCCGGUCAAGCCAAGGCCUGUGAGCAACAGCUUAGGGGGGACUGUGAUGGGGGUCAUUAGGGGUUCUGGAAGAGCUACAGUGAGAUCAGAAACCAUGUCUUCAGGAUCAUCUGGUGUAGUUUCAACUCCAACUGUCGUCGCAAGUUCUGCUGGUUUAUCUUUUUCAGUAAAUGCAGAUAUACCUUCGGUUGCAACUCCAUUUAAAACAGACGCAUCUGCAUUGGGUACCUACACACCACCUGGCGUUGCCGUGAGUGGCAAGAGGAGGUUUUCUGAAAUGCCACUUAAUCCAGCUGCCGUUCACAAGGAGCAAUCUCAAACUACCUAUAGGGAUCGUGCUGCUGAGCGAAGGAACUUGUAUGGUUCAUCUUCUCUUGGAGACGAUCUAUCUAAUCUGGGAUUUGGUGAUUCAAAUCGAGAUGUUGCAUUGAGGAAGGGUUCUAUGGAUUCAAUGCCUUUCCCCCCUGGUGUUGGUGGAGGGCGUGCAUUUGGAGAUGCUAAUAUCAACAGUUAUGAGGUGAUUACUGCAGACAAAGCGAUUGAUGAGAGCAAUGUUGGCAACCGGAUGCUCCGUAACAUGGGCUGGCAUGAAGGCUUGGGAUUAGGGAAGGAUGGAAAUGGAAUGGUAGAGCCAGUCCAGGCACAAGCCGUGGAUAGACGAGCAGGACUUGGUAGUCAGCAGAAAAAAGUUGAUCCUAGCCUUGAGGUGCAGGCUGGGGAUAGUUACAAGACUCUCAUUCAUAAGAAGGCGCUCGCCAGGUUUCGGGAUAUGUCGUAGAUAGAUUGAUGUGGAGUGACUGAAGCUGCUCGUGGAGUGAGGGGAUAUGAUACAAAAACAUUAGGAGGAAGACAGUGGUAGAGCUUCCAAAUGUAGUGGAAAAUGUUGUUUCCAUUGUAGAGGCUUUUGGGUCGGUCAUGCAUUAUUGGUUUAAAGGUGUCGUCUGACUCAUUUUCUCUUGUAAAAAAGUAGCUUUAUAGCACUUUGUAAAAAUUCAAAUGUGCUUUAAAGGUCUGAAAUUUUGAUUACUCUUGUUAGCCAUUUUCGUUGUCGAACAGUUAUUCCAACCAAAACGGUGGAAAAUUCUUCUUUCCUUAUGCUGGUAGUAGCUAAUGAGCAUUUGGAAAGCGAGAUUGCUGUACAAAGUCGCACAUAUUUUUCGUAAAUACCAGUGGGGUAGGCUUGUGUGCCUAUCCAGUGUUUGGAAGGCA